GGAUUAAUCAGUUUUCCGACAACGCGAGCAAAAAUUGAGCAAAGAGACAAUUGUUUAUUUGUCGUAUUGGAGAUUAUUAGAAGAAUUUCUUUACUGUGUGGGUUUUUUUUUCUUGUGACAUCCGGGACCGGAAAAAGAGCCGCCCCCCCCCCUCGACAGCUGGUUUGCGGAUUCCCCAAUAUUUGCGCUUGAAGUUGUGUGAGCCGGCUGAAAUGAGUGGUCCAGAGGUGGCCAAGACACCGGGAGGCGGCGCUCCGGGCAAAGAGGGAAAGGAGCCGGUUGCCAAUGGGCACGCAGGAGAGGGCAGUGACGCCAACCCAUUCGCUGAGUAUAUGUGGAUGGAGAAUGAGGAGGAGUAUAACAGACAGGUGGAAGAGGAGCUUUUGGAGCAGGAAUUCUUAGAGCGCUGCUUCCAGGAAAUGCUGGAGGAAGAAGACCAGGAUUGGUUCAUCCCUUCGCGUGACCUCAACAACCAGGGGGUGGGGCAGCUGCAGCAGCAGCUCAACAGCCUGUCCGUCAGCGAUCACCACAGCAACCUGGAGGAAGUGGCGAGGAAGAGCAUCUUGAAUCCUGAAGCGAAGGAGUUUGUCCCGGGGAAGAAAUACUAGGAGUCCCCCUCACCCCCAUGGAGCCUCCACGCGCACACAAACACAGACACACACACACACACACACACACCAGUCCUCACAUGUUCUCAGAGACUCUGGCGGCAAUGACCGCGCACACACUGAUCUUCACACAUACACGCAUGCAGACACACACACACCUAUACACACUUGAAGUCAGUGGCGUGCUGGCAGGCCCAGUCGGGGGGUGGGGGGAUUGCUCUUUCUUCCUCUUUUCUUUGUUUCUUUAAUCUUUUUAUUUCCUGUUUGUUUCUUGUAAACUGAGGGACAUUGGGAACGGGUGGGGGAGGGGUGUAAUACCAGCACCGCCCUACUGCGGGCGCUAGCUCAUCAUUGCAUUUCGGAUGACACUGUUGAUUUUUGCAGAGUAUGCAGAUCUCAUUGAAGUCCGCUUUCGAACUGAGGCAGCUACCAAGGAGCGAUGCCAGGACAAAAAUUCAAAUCCCAAACAUCUAAUAAACUUAAAAUGACUUCACAUACUUGUUAAUUUGCGUGCUUGUCGAAAUGAAAAACAUCGCCUUGCAUUAAGUUGAGGGUUCCCAUGACAGUGAGGCUAAAGAACGACUAACAUUUCAGGGGACUUGAUGGGUGUCUGCCGCUGCUCUGUAGAGUCAUCACGGUCAAUCAGACCCGUUAACGUUUGCUCCUACGAUGUCAUAAGCUCUGUGACAUCACAGCUCUUGUGCAUCUAGAGAUGCGGGUCUUUAUUUGUAUCCGCAGCGGCUCCGUUCCAAACCAAAUACAGACCCCACCCUCCCUACACACUUGCGAGAUCACAACAGACAUGGACAGGUGUAAUCAUGGAUGAAUUAUUAUUUUUUCCAAUUUAUGUGGAAGUCCAUGUUUAUCUUUUGUCCAGCUUUAUAUGAACAGAGGUGUGAGUUCCCUUAUCAUGCAUCGAGUUGAGUUGAGCAGAAAAAAAAUCUUAUAUUAUAGAAGGAAGGUCAGAGCUUUUUGAACCUUAAAAAACUCAGUUAUGGUCAUUUUUGUGUUGACCGUUUCAGUCUUUGGUUCAGUAUGGAUUCAUGACACAUACUGAACAACCUUGUUACAGGGGAGUGUUUGGUCUGGAACACAGCCACUGCCUCUAUCUGCCGGAACAACUUGGUUUGUCCAGCAUCAGAUCAAGUGUCCAUAUUCAAAUCAGGUUUUCAAAUAGCCUCUCCUCCUCUUUUUUUUUUUUUUUUUUUUUUUUUUUUUUUCUUCAUGUUUUUGAGGAUGAGGCGUUUUGUGUCUCUACUGGAUACAGUAGCCUGUGGUGUCCAUUCAGUCCUGUUUGUAGGAGGAAACAUGAGGAGACAUUAUUGUCACAGCCAGUCAGAUUAAAGCAGUAUGGGACAUGUGGCCAACAGUAUGGCCUCCUUGCUGUUCUUCUCUUCGUAGGUUGAAUUUUUUGAGGAAGUUCUUCUAUUUAACCAUUGAUUUCUGUUGGGGUCUGGCUUUCACCCCUUGGUGCAAGUAUAAUCUCCGUUAUGUUGUGAACCAAAAGGAAAAAAGUUGUAUAUGUGACGAUGAUUUUCAGGAAACCCAGAUUCUAAUUAACAGUAUUCAUAAAUAAUGAAGUCAAUUUUUCUUACACUCAGCCAGCUUGGCUUGAAAAUUUGGAGGCAGUGUUGUCACAAGGGAACAAUCUUUGUAAUUAUAACAUCAAUCCUUUUCAUACAACUGUUCAUUUGUGGUAUAAACAGUGACAAUGUCUUGUGUAUUAUGCUCCAAGGGUUAAGUAGACACUUGUGCACUUGUAUUUGCAUUUAGACAGGUGAAAGCACUUCUGUCCAUCCAUGCAGCUUUUAGAAUUUUCAGCUUAUCAAGUACUCAAGUGUGUUCUUCAACCGUGCAGUAGAGACCGGGAAUAUGUGGUUAAAAGGGAACUUCCUCACACAGUGUAGGACCACAACUGUUGAAUGGCACCCUGGUGAAGCCAAUAGGAAUGUCCGCCAGGUGGAUUGUACAACAUGAAAUCAUUUUUGGUGAUUUUUGUUUGAGUUAGAUGACGGAAGCCGUUCAAGAAAGAGGUCCAGAAGACACAGAGUAUGAAUUUCAGUACAAAGAAAAAUAAUGAAAAAAGAUGAAUAAAGAUGUUAAAGACAAA